AUGCAAAAUAAUAUCAAUACUAAUAACAUUAAUAGUGACUGUCAAACAAUACCGAAUAAUAAUUGUUAUAAUAAUAUCAACUAUCAAGCACCUUCCCAAAUUAUUAACAAAAUGAAUAGUAAUAAUAACGGCAAUUUAUCAAGUCAAGGAGGUCAGACAUUUUAUAACAAUUCUCCAAUAAUUAAUCCCUCUUAUACAAACAACAACAAUUAUUCAAAUCAAUAUUCACAACAAAUUCAUCAACAACCAAAUAUACAACAACAACAACAACAACAACAACAACACAUAAAUAAUAGGAACUAUAGUAAUAAUAUCCCUAAUGGAAAUAAUAACAUACAUCCUUCUCCUUAUUCUUCUUCUUCUUCUUCCAUCAGAAUACAAAAUCCUAAACCCCCUCCCUCUAAUAACAUGGAUUCACAACAACAACAACAGCAAUAUAUGUUACAACAACUUCAAUUACAACAAGAACAAUACAAUCAAAAUCAAAGACAAUUACAACAAGAAAAGCAAACAUUAUUACAAAAAAAAAAGAUAACUCUAUUGAAUCAAUACAUUCAUGAAUUCUUAUUGAAGGGAUCUUUGAAUAAAACUGCUAAAUUGUUUGCAGAAGAAACUCAAAUCAAUAACAAUAGCAAAGGCGAAAGUGCUGAUAAUAAAAAUAACACUACUUUAUCAGGAAAUAGUAGUAUGCUUUUCGAAUGGUGGAGAAUCUUUUGGGAUAUAUUUAAUGCAACAACUCAUAAUGAUGGUACAAAAUUAACAAAAGAUUAUCUUUCAAUUUUGAAAAUAAAAGAGUCUAAAAUUGAUCAAAUAAGAUCACAAUCAAUUAAUGCUGCAAGAGUUCAAUAUAAUUUUGAAAUUAAUAAUCAAUAUAACUCAGAAAUAGAUAUCCAUAAUAAUACUAAUAAUACUUUUGAUCCAUAUUUCCCAUCAGAAUUUAUAAAUCAACAACGAAUGCAACAGUAUCCCCCUCCUUCAUCAUCUUCUCCUUCUUCUUCAUCACCAUCGAUGCCUCCACCUCCUUCUACAUUACAAUCAUCACAAUUGACAAACAACAACAACAACAACAACAACGACAAGAAAUCAUAUUCAAAUCAAUCUCAAAAUAAUUAUCAAAGGAUGGUAAUGAUGAAUCCACCACCACCACAACAACAAUAUAAUAGCUUGCAACAGACAUCUCAAUCACCAUAUACUACAAAUAAGCCAUACUAUAAUAAUCAACCACCAUAUUCUCGUACACCAAAGAACGAACCGUCACAAAAUAAUCAUCAUCCUGUUUACCUAUCUUCUGAGAAUAAUAAUAAUAAUAAUAAUACCAGUAGUAGUAGUAGUAGUAGUAAUACUGUCACUGGCUGGCCGGUUCAAAAUCAUAUGGAAGAAGUGAAAUCAAAUACUAACACGAAUAGACAAAGGUUUUAUCAACAAUUACAACAUCAACAAAAAAAUCAAACCCAACCAUCGAAUAUUUCUUUUGAUAAUGAUGGUACCAUCACUAUUAAAGAUCAAAAACAAUAUCGUAAAAUUGUUUCAAACUUUUCUAAUAAUAAUAAUAACAAAGUUACUAAAACAGGGAAGAACACAUCAAGGACAAAGACAAGUGGUAAAUCUUCGAGCAUACCCAAUAUGGUACGAACAUCAUCAUCAUCAAAUAAUAAUAAUACUAAUAGUAAUAAUGCUAGAAAAUCUAAGACUCCGAAGUCGACAACUUCUGCUACAACUACUUCUGCAUCAAGACAAUCUAAUAAGAAAACAGGCAGUAAAUCAACUAAUAAUAUUAGAUCAAGAGAUAAUAGAAUAGUUGUCCCCAAUGAUGGUGGAACUGACAACACAGUCACAAAAAAGAAUUUACAAGCAUUGACUCCUGAUUUAACACCAAUUGAUAAAAGAAGAAACAGUAUGAUAAAUAAUUUGAAUGGCGCCGCGAAUGAAUCACCAAAGGCUAUUAAUCGUAUUGGGAAAAAUACUUUACAACAAUCAACAGCAAUAACAGCAACAACAUCGUCAUCAUCCUCUAAUAUCACACGCGCAAACAGUAACAAGGAUGUUACUACGAGCACCACUACUAAUAAUAAUACUAAUAACAUGCAUUUUUCAAGUUUAUCAACGAUUGAUGAAAAGGCACCUAUAGAAUCCCCUUCAUCCUUAUCAUUAAAGGGCAAAUUCUCGAAAAACAACAACAACAACAAUGCAAAGGUUCCAAUAAACAAAAAGAGAAGGAAAUCCACUACUGUAAUAAUGAAUAUUGAAAAGAAAAACAAUAGAAUAAAAGAAAUAAAAGAUAAAGAUAUGAAAUUGAAUAUGAAUACUUCUUCUUCCAAAUCAGAACCUGUAACUCCAUUAAAUUAUAAUGGAUUACCAUCACCUUCUCUCAAUAGUAAUAAUAAUAAUAAUAAUACGACUACUAGUACAAAACGACAACAAGAACAUAUAUCAUCAUCAUCAUCAGGAUCAUCUGCCUUGUCACCAUUAAUGGAACCAUCAGUUACUACUAACAAUUUAUCUAACCCAAUAACAAGCACUACAGGUAAUUCUAUCGAAAUCCAAGCACGAGGGCAAGAACACACACAAGAAAAAAUUGAAGAUGAGUUUGAUUUCAAUUUAAAUUUGGACAUGAAUAUAAAUUUGAAUGAUAUUAAUAAAUUUAAUUUUGAUCCAAUAGUAGGUAAUAUGGAAUUACAACAUACAAAUGGAAGAGGCAGUGUCAAUUCCAUCGAAUUGGACAAUUUCAUUAAUAUUGAUAAUAUUGAUAAUAUUGAUAAUAUCGAUAAUAACAACUUGCAUACACAUACAAUGACUGCAUUAGAUCACGCACAUCAUCGUCAUGACGAUAUUGCGGGGGAGAUUAUUUCGUCAUUAAAUGAAAAAAGGACAGAUAAUGGAGUUGUAUCAACAGUAGAUGCUGCUAUUGUACAUGCUGACCAUCACCAACAUAACAAAGGCAAUAAUAGUAAUGGUAAUAAUCUUGAUGGUAUGGCCAAUGCAGGAGAUUUUGACACAGGAAUGUUGGAUUCAUCUAUUCAUGAUUUCAAUUUUUUAAAUUGGACCAAAUAA